AUGCCGGUCAUCGAGAACUUGAAGAACUUCAUCCAUCGUGAUCGGGAUCAUCACGCCUCUCCACCUCGUUCGAACAACAACGCCAGCAGCGGCGCUCAUUCAGCCUCGCCCUCCAAACGACAUCACAAUCAACAACCACAGCAGCCCCAAGCUCACCAAGCGCCCAACAGUGCUAUGCAAGCCCAGUAUGCUGCCUAUGCGCCCGAGCCUCACACUCGAUCGGAAGCUCGCGGUUUCGGGGCUGAAAACCCCGCGGCGGCGCCGGCACAUGCCGCAGGCGGUCAAGCUGCCGGAUACGGCUACGCAGGCGCGUCAGGGUCAGCACAGACUGGUACAAAGCCUUUAGGCCAUUCGCCAGGCGUCGAUCCUACCGCGCGCGAAAGAGCGGAACGGAUAGUCAUGGAGCAGAAAGCCGCCAGAGCGAAGCUGCCCUAUUAUGAGGGUCUACCAGCACAAUUCGAGUUGAUGGAGAAGAUGGGAGAUGGCGCAUUCUCAAACGUGUACAAAGCAUAUGAUCGCGUCAACAAGCGGCAGGUAGCAAUCAAAUGCGUCCGCAAAUACGAAUUAUCCAACAACCAGGACAAGCAUCUCACCAAAGACCUCAAAAAGCGCCCUCGUGCCACCGAGCGCGCCAACAUCCUCAAGGAAGUACAAAUUAUGCGAGGACUACGACACGACGGCAUUGUUGAGCUCAUCAGCUUUACCGAAUCAAAAGAGCAUUACUAUCUCGUCCUCGAACUCAUGCCUGGCGGAGAGCUCUUCCAUCAGAUUGUCAAACUCACGUACUUUUCAGAGGAACUCGCUCGACACGUCAUAUUGCAAGUUGCACAUGCUAUCCGGUAUCUGCACGAAGAAAAGGGUGUCAUCCAUCGCGACAUCAAGCCAGAGAACCUGCUAUUCGACAACAUCCCGAUCAUCCCGUCAAAACAUCAGAAGGCUCGCCCGUACGACGAGGAGAAGGAAGACGAGGGCGAGUUUGUGCCAGGCAUAGGCGGCGGCGGUAUAGGCCGCGUCAAGAUCGCCGAUUUUGGUCUUUCGAAGAUCGUGUGGAACGAGGAAACGAUGACACCCUGCGGCACGGUCGGCUAUACAGCUCCAGAGAUCGUCAAGGACGAGCGGUACUCGAAAUCGGUGGAUAUGUGGGCGCUUGGAUGCGUGCUAUACACUUUGCUUUGCGGAUUUCCGCCGUUCUACGAUGAAUCAAUCAACGUCCUCACAGAGAAGGUAGCGCGAGGCUACUACACAUUCCUGAGCCCCUGGUGGGAUGACAUCUCAGCUUCUUCAAAGGACCUCAUCGCGCACUUGCUGUGCGUCGAUCCGGACAAGCGGUUCACCAUCGACGAAUUCCUGGCGCAUCCCUGGUGCCACGAAAAGGCGCCUAGGCCGAAUCUCAAUCCGCAAGAGGUCGCAAACCUACCGCCGCCUCUGGUCAACCAAAAAGCGCAGCAGAUGCCCAUGGACUCGCCUCUGAUGCAGGAUCGACAGAUGGGCGGACGCGCAAUGCCCUCGCCUGGUGUCGCACAGCUCCGAGAAGCCUUUGAUGUGACCUACGCCGUACAUCGCAUGGAGGAAGAAGGCGCACGGAGGAGGGCGUACAAUGGACCUGGUGGUGCCGGCGCGCGCGGAUUUCUGAAUCAACUGAACGAGGAGGACGAGGACGAAGACAUCGAGAUCACUCGGCGAAAGUACGGCAACGAGGUCUCUGCCGCCAUCCAGGAGAAGCAGGCACGACAGGCACGCGAGAGAGCGGAAGAGGAAGCCGCUAUAGCCGCCGGCAGCAAGCCGCGCACCAAAGCGACAACGCAAGGCUAUCAGGGCUGGGGCGGCGCUGAUCGCAAACUCGCAGAGGCAACACUGUACUCUUCCGGACGAGCCGGUACGCGUGAUACCGGACGCAGAAAUAAUUUUGAUCUUACACUCAACAAUGCAACCCUGCUCGGCAGAAGGAACAAGGCAGGCACUGCACCGACACCGAGCCUCGGCGGUCUACCACCGAUGGCGCCAAUGCGAGUUGACUAG